AUGGCGUCUUCCUUGACUACUUCCUUUUCUCUUCUUUUCAUUCUAUUUAACCCAUUUCUUGCAUUGGGGUCCAAGCCGAUGCCAUUCGAAGGUAGUAAAGCAGGUGCUUGUUUCAAGUUCACCGUUCAUGUAAUCAAUGGCUUUAGCAGCAAUGCACAACCAUUGCUUCUUAACUGUUGGUCUAAGGAUGAUCAACUUGGAAACCAUACUCUCUAUAAUGGUGGAGACUUCCACUUCAAGUUUGGUCUAACAAUUUUGGGGAAAACCAAAUUUCAAUGUGAUUUCAAGUGGGCUGAAAAGCAUCAACAUGUGGAUGUUUUUACUGAUGGCAAAGAAUCAGAUUUAUGUUGUGAUACUAAUUCUUGCUAUUGGAAGGCAGAAGAUGAUGGAAUCUAUUUUUGCAAUGACAACCAGAGUUAUGUAAAGAAAUUUGACUGUAAAAACAUCAACAUGUUGCUUCUUUUGGCCCCAAUCGAAAUUACACUCAAAAUGGGUUGUGCCAAAGGGUUUCACACCAAACUUGAAAUUGAAAUCUCCUCCAUUAUAGAGUGUGUGGUUUCCGAGGUCAUCUUUCUCAGACCAGCAAUGGAGUUGGAGUGGCUGUUUAUUGUUGCUAAAGCCAUUGAUGACAUGAACCCUAAACUUGAAGCAAAAGGAUAUUUUGCUAUCUUCCAAGGGUAUUGGUUUGUAACCUAA